UCCGGGUCGGGACCGUCCGGGCGGAGCCGAACCGGGACGGGCCGGGCUCCAGCGGGCAGAGCGGAGCGAGCCCCAUCGGGCCGAACCGAACCCCAUCGGGCCGAACGGGAGGAGCAGGAUCCCAUCGGGCUGAGCCGAGCACAGCCGAACCGGACCGGACCGGGCCGGGAGCGGCCGAACCCGCUCGAGCGGAGCCGGGAGUAGCCGAAGGCGCUCGGGCCGGCCGGUUCCGCUGCGGGCCAUGGGGCAGAUCGAGUGGGCCAUGUGGGCGAACGAGCAGGCGCUCGCCGCCGGGCUCAUUCUGCUGACGGGCGGGAUCGUGGCCGUGGCGGGGCAGUUCAAGGGCUGGUACUUCGCAGCGUAUUCCAUCGCUGCAGGUGUCCUGGUCUGCCUGCUCGAGUAUCCCAGGAGCAAGCGGAAAAAGGGCUCCACCAUGGAGAGGUGUGGCCAGAAGUACCUGACAGCCGUGGUGAAGCUGUUUGGGCCCCUCACCAGGAAUUACUACAUCCGAGCCAUCCUUCACGCCGCCCUGGCUGUCCCUGCUGGUUUCCUCCUCUCCACCAUCCUGGGCACCGUCUGCCUGGGCAUUGCCAGUGGCAUCUACCUGCUGGCUGCAGUUCGAGGUGAGGAGUGGAGACCCAUUGAGCAGAAGCCCCAGGAGCGGCCACAAGUGGGGGGCACCAUCAAGCAGCCCCCCAGCAACCCCCCACCCCGGCCUCCCCCCGACGCCCGCAAGAAGCAGCCAGAGGUGGGGGGGCAGGUGAACCCCAUCCCUGUGGAAGUGGAAUAAUGGGGGAUCCUCCUGCCCUGCUGCCCUGCUGCUGCUUCCCAGCUGUUCCUGGAUCCACUGCAGGGAUCCCCUAAACCCUGAGGGUGCUGAGCUCCUUGGUGUGGGUCCCUAGCUCCUGGUGAUGCUCAGAUCCCUGGGAUCAUCAGUUCCCCCUGGGCUCCCCAGUUUCCCAAGGGAUUCCCAAAUCCCCAGUGAUGCUGUGGGCAUCUCCAAAUCCCCAGCAAUGCUCAGCUCCCUUGUAGGAUCUCCAUCUCCUAGGGAUCCCCCAGUCCCCUAAGAUGCUCAUCUCCCAAAUUCCCAGUGAUGUGAUGUUCCCUGUGGGGUUUCCAGUCCCCAGGGGCUUCCCAGCUUUUGGAGAUUCCCAAAUCGCUGGGGCUGCUCAACUCGCUGUGGGGUCUCCAGCUCCCAGGAACUUCCCAGCUCCUGGACCUCACCAAAUCCCCAUGGAUGUUCAGCUUCCUGUGGGGGCUGCAGCCUCCGAGGGCUUCCCAACUCCUAAGGAUCCUUCAAAUCCUUAGGAAUUCUUAGCUCCCUGAGUCUCCUGUUUCCAGGGGCUCCUCAGCUCCUGGGAAGCCCCAAAUCCCUGGGCAUGCUCAGCUCCCUGAGGGUCCCAACUCUCCAAGCAACCCCCAGGUCCCUGGGGGAUCCCCAAAUCCCUAUGGAACUCCAGCUCUCAGAGAAUCCCCAGUACCUGGGGGGGAUCAGGAAGCUCUGCUCCAGCUCUCCCUGUUUUUUUUUUGUCAUUUCUGCAGUUGCUGUUGCAAUAAAAAAGUGGGA